AUGUCGACCAAGUCGAGCAAGAAAACCGCGGCGGCCACGUCCGCCGCCACCGCCGCCGCCGCCGCCGCCGCUUCCUCGUCGUCCGCCAGCAUACAAUCGCCGCCGGCGAACACGUCGACGCCGAUCAGCGGCAGCCGGCGACCCGGCAGCCCGCUCAGCCCUACUCGCUACACCCGGAUGCAAGAGAAGCAAGAUCUGCAGAAUCUCAAUGAUCGUCUUGCAUGUUACAUCGAGAAGGUGCGCCAGCUCGAGACGGACAACUCCCGGCUGAUGCGGGAGGUGCAGACCACCCAGGAAACCGUCACCCGGGAAAUUAGCCAUGUCAAGUCCAUAUAUGAGAAGGAGCUCAAUGAUGCUCGAGUCAUGCUCGAUGAGACGUGCAGAGAACGCGCCAAACUUGAGAUCGACACGAAACGCUUGUGGGACGAUAAUGAGGAACUCAAGAGCAAGUUUGACAAGAAGUUAGCAGAGCUACAAACCACAGAGAGAAAUUUGUCCUUGUACGAGACACGUUGCGCAGAUUUGGCAUCGCAGAUCAGUAAGUCGCAGGCGGAGCGCAAGAAAUUCGUUGAAAAGGAGCAAGAAUUGACAGAGGAAGUAGCUCGAUUGCAAAAACUGCUGGACGACGCUCGUUCACAUUUGGAAGCAGAGACUUUGCAGCGAAUCGAUCUCGAGAAUCAUAUUCAAAGCCUGAAGGAAGAUAUCAGUUUCAAAGAUCAAGUUUAUCAGCAAGAACUUUCAGAGACUCGUACAAGACGACAGGUUGAGAUUUCUGAGAUCGAUGGCCGUCUCGCGGAGGAAUAUGAGGCUAAAUUGCAGAAUUCCUUGCAAGAAUUACGUGACCAAUAUGAGGGGCAGAUGCGUAGUAAUCGAGAGGAGAUUGAGCUUUUGUACGAGAACAAAAUUAAGAAUCUGGCAGCUCAUGCUCAGCGUAGCAGCACGGCCGCCUCCAUGGCAGUUGAAGAUUUUAGGCAGUGCCGAACCAAAGUCGAAACACUUAGUACAAAAAUCAACGAACUUGAAGCUGCCAACAGUGCCCUUCAUGCACGCAUCAGAGAUUUGGAAACCCUGCGGGAGAACGAACGUUCUCGUCAUGUGGAUAGCUUGGCCGCGUUGGAAGAGGAAUUGGCGCGCAUGCGGGACGAGAUGGCCCAGCAGUUGCAGGAAUACCAGGAUCUCAUGGAUAUUAAAGUGGCGCUCGAUCUGGAAAUUGCAGCUUACCGCAAGAUGCUCGAGUCUGAGGAGGCCAGACUAAAGAUCACGCCCGCACAAGGAAAUACGUCGACGAAUACGUCUACCAGUAGAGUGACUCCGUCCAGACAUACCCCAGUUAGAGGCACUAAAAGGAAACGCACUUUGUUGGAGGAGAGCGAGGAGCACAGCAGUAGCGAUUACAGCGUCACGGGUACCGCUAAGGGUGACAUCGAGAUUGCGGAGGCGGAUCCUCAAGGGCGAUUCGUGAAACUCACCAACAAGGGCAAUAAGGAGAUAAGCCUGAGUGGCUGGCAGAUUAUCCGCAAAGCCGGUACUUUGGAAACGGUUUUCAAGUUCCACCGUACAGUGAAACUCGAUGCGGGUGCUAAUGUGAUGGUGUGGUCGGCUGAUAUCGGUGCAACACACGAGCCACCAUCCAACAUAGUCAUGAAGGGCCAGAAGUGGUUUGUGUCGGACAACAUGACUACGAGCUUAAUAAAUAACGAAGGAGAGGAAAUGGCAACCUCCGAGCGCAAGAGGCAGCAAUUGUCAACGACUUUGUCGCGACACAGAGAAAGUUCGGCUUUCCGGCCAUCAGAAGAAUUCCAUCAUCAGCAGAGAAGAUAUCUCUACCCGUAUUAAGGGUGAGGGCACACGACUCUGAUGGGCACUUUAUAGUGAUCCCCAAGAUCCCGAGCGUUGCAGCAUUAUGUGAACAUAAAUUUAUUGUAUUUGUAUUAUUAUAAGCUUAAAUAUAUAUCAAAAAUUUUCAAAGCUUGUACGAUGAUAAUGGGAUUUUGUUUCGCGCGAAGUGCUCAUUAGAAACUGAUAAAAAAACAAUACUGAAAUAUCACACCACUAACACAAAGGGGAUUAGUUUAGAGUAUGAGGUCAGAAAUAUGAGAUACAAGAUACAAGAUUAAUUUAUCCACUUUGAGAAACGGAGUAAACCAAUUAUAAGCAUUUUAUGUAACGAGUUAAAAUAUUACAUGAUUUAUCACACAAAACUUUAUAUAUAGAAAUAUAUGUAUAUGCACGUAUAUAUAUUUAUAUAUAUAAAACAUAUAUAUUGAAAGGAGGAAAAAUAUUGUAUAAUAUACUUCAGCUGAUAAGAGUUCAAAUCAAAUUAAAAAAAGAAUUGGUUUAUGCGGUGUGAGUAAACUAUGUUGCAUUUACUUUAUGUUGUAAAACAAGAAUUGUGCUAUCGUAUUUUGUUAAACCCACAGUCGAUGCACCAAGUAGUAGUAUAGACGGACAUCAACGGACACACGUAUUUGCACUCGGUUAAUCGUCACUUUGUGCGCCGAGUGCAAUUUCGCGUUUAUCAUUGUUGACACGUGUGUCUAUACUAUCUCCAAAUGGUAACACGAGACUAAUGAUGUUUUGACAAAUACUAGUUGCGUUUACGUUCAAUUUGUUUCUUGGUAAAUAAGAAACAGGGCAUAGCGAUUGGGUUACAAAGAUUAAUUUUUAUUUUUCUCCCCUUAACAGUAUGACGAGUAUGAGACUGUGGGAGAGUCAAAACACGAUAUAUAUUUAAUUGUAUCAGUUUAAUGGACAGUUUUGCCCCGUACGCCCCAAAGGAGAUGCUUGAUGAACGUUCGAUUGAAUGUUAUUUUCGAUUAAACAAACUUAGCUGAAUAUCGCAUUUGAAAAAGAUGAAGAAGCACGGUCAUUCAUAGUAAGCUGCGAAAUUGUGGAUCGGACUGCGUUGGUGUAACUCUGAUGCGUGCUUGAUUUUUUUCAUCAGCGCCGUUCAAAUUUCAAGGAAAGUACACGGAAACAUAUUUGUUUCUACGAUCGCGCCCACCUAAGCAUCCGAAAUAAUUUCUCUUAAUUGUAUUCAGCUUUAUAUCAUUUAUACUAAUAAUAAAAAUUACAAAUUAACCGUACAAAUGUACUUCGUAAUUAUCAUUUUCACGACAGUGAAAGUAGUUGUCUCUAGGCCGAUAAGUUAAGUUAGGAUAAGUGUUUUAACAUAGAAAAAGCAUUAAAUCUCGAAAUAAGGAGUUUAAAGAGACAGAUUACAUUGUUCAGAUUUUAUGUCUGCAAGGGCAUGUUAAAUGGGUGUUUGUAUAUGGAGCGGAGAGAAAAAGAAUUUUCGCUCUAUUUGAGAGUGCUGUUUUAUCAAGAUUCGCACUGAGUCAAUAAAUAUUUUCAUUGUCAAUAGAUUUCAUAGCAAAAGUCAUCGGUUUAAACAUUUAUUUCAUUUGGCAAUGUUGUCUUGUCACUUUCUAUAUAACUCUGUACAGAAGAUAUAUAUCUAAAAGUUUAUGUAUGGCAUUAUUUUAUAAACAUUUAUGAUACGUCGAAUAAAAGGAAUUAUAAUA